AUGACAUGUAAAUUUUUUAUUUUACAGAUCCCAAAUCACUUAAUGUGGCUGUGUUUCUUCUACCUGUUCUUCCACUCUUACUUAAACCUAAUGGGAGAAUUACUGCACUUUGCCGAUCGCAACUUCUACGGCGACUGGUGGAAUGCUAAUAACAUUGACACAUUCUGGCGCACAUGGAACCUAGCGGUUCAUCGAUGGGCUGUAAGACAUUUAUAUAUUCCAGUGGUUGAAAUGGGUUACAGUAAAAAGACAGCUAGCGUGACUGUAUUCUUCAUAAGUGCAUUCUUCCAUGAGUACCUUGUCAGCGUGCCGUUAAAAACUUUCAAAAUUUGGGCGUUCAUGGGCAUGAUGGGUCAGAUUCCAUUAUCCUUCAUCAGCAAACACGUGGAGCGGAGGUUUGGCGCCAGGUGGGGUAAUAUCGUUGUCUGGUCGAGCUUGAUAAUCGGUCAACCCCUUUGUAUCAUGGUCUAUUAUCACGACUACGUAGUAGAACACUUUGGAGAAACACUACUCGAAGAUCAUUCGAUUGUCUAA